UAGAAAAUGGCAGUCACUGAAUAUGGAGAUCGUUUAUCUGGUUAUUUAAAUGGAGCUGCGGCGUGUUUAGCUUUAUCCAUAGGACGAGAAAUUGGAUUAUUACAAGUGUUUAUAGAUCCCCACGAACCAAUGACAAUUUCACAGAUAGCUUCAAAAACUAAGCUUAAAGACCGGUAUAUACAAGAAUUAUUGGGUUGUCUGGUAACAUCUAGUGUUAUAGAAGUUGAUGAAGCAUCAGUAAAAUAUUUCCUACCAGAUGAACUCAGGACCACACUGCGUCACAAGCUCAAUUUUCUAGAGUUGGUUCAUUUCUGUCAGCAACGUAAGGAAGACGUCAAAGCCUGUAUAAAAAUUGAUGGACCAAAUGGGUAUUCUGGACAAACUAAACCUCGAUAUGGUGAAAUUCUCAGUAAUAUUUUAUGUUACGAUAUAGACGGGGUUAUUGAUGAAGAAAUAUUUUCUCACACACCUGAUAUUAAACAGAAACUUGAGAGUGGAAUUGAUUUUGUUGAGUUUGGUUGUGGUCUGGGUCCAGUAAUUAUAGAACUGGCCAGUAGAUAUCCUAACAGUAGAUUUAUAGCAAGUGAUUACUCACCUGACGCUAUGGCGGUCGUCGCAAAAACCAUCGAAGAGAAGGGGUUGACGAACAUCAAAGCCCAGAUUGCCGAUCUUUAUAAACUCCCGGGCGAUUGGACAGGGAAGUUUGAUGUGACUUAUAUCCGUGAUUGCUUACACGAUCUUGGCAAUCCAAAGAAAGGUGCACAGGGAAUGAUCAAUGUAUUGAAAGAUAACGGCGUCUUGCUGGCGAUAGAAAUAGUAAUCAAGGGGGAUAACCACCGUGAAAAUAAAGCGGAUCCCAUGUCACCACAAUGUUUUAUAAUUAGUACUACUAUCUGUAUUCCUGAAAGUUUGUGUCAGCAGGAUGGGGUAGGUUUGGGCUGUACGUCUGGGUUGAAAACAUUGAGAGCCAUAAUUGAGCAAGCUGGAAUUUCCAAUAUAGAAACACACCAGUUUGACAGUGUGCCAUUUCAAUAUAAAUUUGUUUGUCGGAAAAAAUAAAAUAAUGUUAAGGAGCCGGGAUUAAUAAUAUCGAUACAUAUAAAAGUUUUUUUUAAUUUUAUUUAACAUUUAAUCUGUCUUUUAAUUUUAUUUAACAACAAAUGGCAGGUGAGCAAAUAUAUAAUUUAAAUAAACACUUGUUUUAUCAA